AUGACCCUCCCUCCUGGCGCCCAGCCCGCCGCGAGACCCACCCUCCCCCCAAACGGGGAGUAUGGUUCCCCACCGCACCAUUCGCCAGAACCAUUCGGCCGCGCUGGGCCAGCACGAUACAACCUCUCGGCAGCCUUCGGGCCAAACAAGAACGCGCCCACUCGCACCCCAUCCGUGCGAUACAACCCCGCCGCCGCCUUUGGGCCUACGAGCGACUCGGGUCACUCGUCCGAAUCAAAAGGACCAGCGAGAUAUAAUGCUUCGGCGGCAUUUGGACCACCCAAGAGCGAUUCGAGCCAUUCGUCGGAAUCUAGAGUACGGUAUAACCCCGCCGCUGCGUUUGGACCUCGAUCCGACGCGAGGUCUACACCUACCCCAUCACCCGCGGCCAGACAGCCACCCAGAUCCGAUGCCGUGUCCCCACCAGCGAGACUGCCACCAGGUGCUAGGGCGCCUGUGGAGGUUUCACCGCAUAGCGAUGCGGAGAUGCCUAGAGCAGGGAGAGCGCAUCAGUUUGGCGAGGGGCACAUGCCCAUCCCUGUCCCGCAGGGGUCGGUGUACGCUACGCCGAUGUCUACACCGCCUGCUACGAGUAAUAUUGCAGAGCGCCAAAGCGCUCAACCUGCCCGUCCCCAACAUUCUCCGUCGCGGACUCAAGUCAAGGACGCAAGUCUGGGGCUUCCCUCGCCGCCGGAGAGCCCGCUCAAGCUCCCCGGCCCUCCCCAACCGCCUAAUGCUCUUAAGCCGAGUGGCACAUUCGUCGUGAAGCACACCGCGACGUCAAAGGCCAGUCCUUUGGCGGUUCCAGGCCGCCUGCCUCCAUCGACCUCUUCAGUUCCACAGGCCUCCAAGGCACCCGCCGAGCCUCCCUCGACUCCGCCCAACCGUACCACUGCUGCGUCUCCCGGUUCGCCAGGUAGCUUCACUGUGCGCCAUCACAUCCAGAACCCUCCACCGCCGCAGACAACCAGCCCAUCAUCGCCUCCGCACCGGCUUCCCCAGGUCCCGCCGCCGGCAGUCAAGCCUCAGGUGUCGGCCACAUCCUUCUCUUCACGUUCUGGUGCCAUCAGCGCGUCGACAUCCGCCUCAUCACUCCACAGCAAGGUCGCCAACGCUCAAUCUCUUUCUCCCCAGACUACGCCUCCUAAGACCACCAACCCUUUGCCUGCAAACUCGGCGGCCCCAUCCACUCCGCAGAAAGGCUUCGUCAUCAGGCGUCCCUCGCGCUCACAUCCACAGACCGGCAGCCCAACCCCGGCAUAUCCACAGAGGCUCCCGCAGCCUCUCAUUAACCAAGCGUCAAUCUCAUCGCUGAGAGCUUCAUCCGUUAAGCAUAUCACCAAGUCCGGAUCAGGUACCUCCCUGCGCGUUCCUGAACCUGUGCCGACGCCCAUGUCGAGCAGGCAGCCGUCCACCGACUCUCUGCUCAUCCCGCGGACAGACUCACCCAAACCUAUCAAGCAGGCCUCGAACACAUCACUGCGCGUCCGGGGCACGGAUACGGCGAGCAAGCAGGCACCCAAUGCCUCUCACAGUCAAUCUCAGCACUCUCCUUCACGCCAGCGGGGCAAGGCUUCAAGCUCGUCGCUGAGGGCGCCAGUUUCCUCCUCAAGGUCUACUCACUCGGCACGUUCCGCCUCUCCUCGCCCGAGCUCCAAGCACUCCACUCCUCCCUCUCCGCCGCACGAGUACCGACUCAGCACUGACCCGUCCGAGCUCGAUUGCCCACCCACGGCUCCGGAGACGCCGACACGUACGCCCACUCCGCGUCUCGUCCUCCCAGUCGGCGCCCGCGUAUGGGGCCUCGAGCAUGUCCGUAACCGCGUCGUCGACAUCGUCGUCAAGGACCACAAGUACGAGCACCAGCCCGUCCUAUCUCACCUGAUGCGUGUGAACCGCGCGUCCUUCUGCUCCGUCAUCGCAGUUCUGUAUGCCAAUAUCUCCUUCUCCAACCUACCCCUCAACCUCCCAGUUCCAACACACCGCAUGAGCGUCUACCGAGCGGCCGUGCACAACCUCGACCUGAGCGGCUGCCUCGUCGCAUCGCGCGGUCGCGGCUUCUUCGAGCUCUUCGACAGCUUCCCGAACCUCGAAACUGUCGCCUGUGGAAAGGUCGAGAUGGCGCGUCCCUCCUCGUUCUUGGAUAUCCGCGUGACUCGCCGCCUGCCAAUGCGGCCAGACGGCAUCUUCUACACUAUCCACCCAUUCGAGCCCUGCCUCCCGCGCAACCAGGACGCCGAGGUCAGCUACGCCCUCGAGUUUGGGUCGAUGCCGCGCGCCGGCGCGCAGCGCUUCGCCGAGGGCCAGAAACACGCCACCGUUCCACCAGUGCUCUGCCGUCCCAUCCACAGCCUCGUGACAGAUCAGACGCACAGCGCUCGCGCGUGGCUUAGUAUCCUCGCCCGUCGCGCGCAAGACUACCCUCACCCCCAGCGUCUCCUCCUCUCACCCACUGAGCCCGUGUCGCUAGGCGAAUUCGCUGCGUUCGCGCCCUCAGCUUCGGGUAUCGAGGAGCUGCGCCUUGCGGUAGACCUCACCGACCCGGCCAUCUCACCAGCCGACUUCUUCGCAACAGUCGACUGGACCGUCUUCGCUUCGCUCAAGAAGCUCCACCUCAUCCUCUUUGUUCCCCCACCUCCUAAGGCCGAGGAACAUUUCUCGACGCGUGUCCGCCUCCAGAGCUCGGCAACGAUCGCGACGAUCAGUACUGUCACGGAAGAGCCAACCGCGCCUAUCGAGACUAAGAUCGAGCCUUUGAGCGUACGUGAACGCGUCUCCAGACCCGUAAGCGGGCUGUUCAAGGGCAUCGGCGCCUUCGCCAAAGGGUUCAAGAAGGAACCACGGACCCGUGUCGACUCGGAACCGGUGAGACACAGAGUCCAUUCCGAGGCCCAUCGGUCCCAGCUCUCCCCGAGACCGAUGAGCGAAAUGCGCCGACCUCCCUCGAUCCUCGACCCCGACUUUGGCGCCUUCCCACCGGAGCCUAGCUUAACCUUCCCCGCUCCCCCGGAGAUUCCUCCUCCCGAACUCGCCCUCGCCGAAUUACAUCUCAACCUCUCCAUCACGCUUCCGGAGUGGGCGGCAUACGAUGCCGGCGGCGACGACUGGGGAUACAUCCGCGCCUCCGUUCCCCACCCCGCACAACUUAAGUCCUCUCUCCUCCGCUUCGGGCCAGGUUGCACUGUACAUGUCAAGACCCAGACUACGACCCUCGUGGAUGGGGUGGACGAUAUCUCGGCCGACUACGAGAUGCGCGUUGUCGGACGGAUUGCAGAUGCGUUCGGGAGGUAUGGACCGUUUGGGAGUGAUGCGCAACGAUCCAUGUAUAUAGACAACUAG